AAAAAAAAAAGGUAUUUGGCAAAACCCUGCGGCAAUUUAGAGAAAGAGAAGAAGAAGAUAGAGGACAGAGGAUACCCAGAAACUUCCAGAAGAAAAAGAAGCACCACCCGCAAACCGCCGUUGCGUCCGUCGCCGUCGUCGUCGCAUUUGUAAAUUAUGGGAUGUUUAAGUGUUUAUUGGGUAGCCUUUUGGUUUUGGUGGGUUUGUUAAAGUUUUGUUCUUUGAUGCAUUUGAUUGAUUUAAACACUGUUUCAAGUAGAUGGAAUGUGACCUAAUUGCUCUGGGAAUGUCACCGGGUUUUCGAGGCCUGUUACUGCCAAUUUGCCAAAGACCCACUACUUAUUCGGUUCGAUUGCAUAGCAAGAUUAGUCCCAGUGUCAGGUCAUUGGUGCUGUCUAGAUUGAAGUCUUGUUCUUGUGCUGCUGUGAAUGUUGUUGAGUCGAGUCCAAUCAGUGAUUUGGCUCAAAACCAUACCCGAAAAUUGGAGACUCAAGUAGGAUUAGAUAAUGGGAAUGUGGGUGAUCAGGAAAUAGUAGGAGAUGAUGUGAAAGCCAGGCCUUUCGUUUGGAAUGGGAAGAAGAGGCUUAUACGGUAUUCUGGGAUGCUUCGUACCUGUGCUUCACAAGGGUCUUUGAAUGAGGGGAAGGCUAUUCAUGGGCAGGUGAUAAAGAAUGGGAUACACCCUGAUUCGCAUUUGUGGGUUUCGUUGGUUAAUGUUUACUCGAAAUGUGGGGAUUCUGUGUAUGCCCGCAAAGUGCUUGGUGAGAUGCCUGAACGAGAUGUUGUGUCGUGGACUACUUUGAUUCAUGGGUUUGUGGUCAAAGGUUCUGGUGUUGAUGCUGUUAAUUUGUUCUGUGAGAUGAAGAAAGAUGGUACAAGAGCAAAUGACUUUUCGUUGGCUACUGGUUUGAAAGCGUGUUCUUUGUGCUUAGAUUUAAGCUUUGGAAAGCAGUUGCAUGCUGAAGCAGUGAAAGCGGGGUUCUUUUCCGAUGGUUUUGUUGGAUCUGCUCUCGUUGGUCUUUAUGCAAAAUGUGGUGAGAUGGAACUUGCCAAUAGAGUGUUAUUUUGUAUGCCUGAGCAGAAUGUUGUAUCAUGGAAUGCCCUGCUAAAUGGGUAUGCUCAGGAAGGUGAUGGAAAUCAAGUUCUGAAAUUGUUUUGCAAAAUGACGGAAUCAGAUAUGAGGUUAAGUAAGUUCACCUUGUCUACUGUCCUUAAAGGUUGUGCAAACAUAGAAAAUUUGAGAGUAGGUCGGGUUGUGCAUUCUUUGGUUGUCAAAGUUGGGUUUGAGGUUGAUGAAUUCCUGGGUUGCAGUCUUGUUGAUAUGUAUUCUAAGUGUCGAAUGGCAAUUGAUGCAGUAAAAGUAUUCAGGACGAUUAAAGAUCCUGAUGUAGUGGCCUGGAGCGCUAUUAUCACUUGCCUUGAUCAACAAAGGCAAUACCAGGAAAUGGCUCGACUAUUUCGUUCAAUGAUAAACACAGGCAUCUCACCGAACCAAUUUACCCUUUCUAGUAUUAUUAGUGCUGCCACUGAUCUUGGAGACCUCCAUUUUGGUGAGAGCAUCCAUGGUCUUAUAUGGAAAUAUGGCUAUGAAUCUGAUCUUCCAGUCAGCAACGCUCUAAUCACAAUGUAUAUGAAAAUUGGAUGUGUGAGAAAUGGUGCUCAGGUUUUUGAGGCAAUGACAGAACAUGAUCUGAUUUCAUGGAAUGCCCUUCUAUCUGGAGCACAUGACCUAGGUCCAAGAGUAUUCCACCAAAUGCUUUCUGAAGGUUGCAAGCCCAACAUGUACUCCUUCAUCAGUAUUUUAAGAUCCUGUUCUAGCCUCUUGGAUGCAGACCUCGGGAAACAAGUGCAUGCCCAUAUUGUCAAAACAAGCCUCCAUGAUAAUGACUUUGUUGGGACGGCUCUCAUUGACAUGUAUGCCAAAAGCAGGUUCUUAGAUGAUGCUGUUAUAGCUUUCAGUAGAUUGAGUAAUCGAGAUCUUUUCACUUGGACAGUCAUCAUUACUGGUUAUGUACAAACUGAUCAAGCAGAGAAAGCUGUUGCUUGUUUCAGUCAGAUGCAACAAGAAGGAGUGAAGCCAAACGAGUUCACUCUUGCUGGCUGUUUGAGUGCUUGCUCCCGUAUAGCCAUGCUGGAAAAUGGGCGGCAGCUCCAUUCGAUGGCAAUUAAGGCUGGGCAUUUAGAAGAUUUGUUUGUUGGUAGUGCACUCGUUGAUAUGUAUGCAAAAUGCGGAUGCAUAGCUGAUGCUGAGGGUACCUUUGAGGGUUUGGCUUCCAGGGAUACAGUCUCAUGGAACAUCAUGAUUUGUGGAUACUCUCAAUAUGGUCAAGGAGAGAAGGCUCUGGAAGCCUUUUCGACAAUGUUAGACGAAGGCGUCAUGCCAGAUGAGAUCACUUUCAUAGGUGUUCUUUCAGCUUGCAGUCACCUGGGUUUGGUCGAAGAAGGGAAAAAGCACUUUGACUCGCUGAGAAAAAUUUUCCAGAUCACUCCUACCAUCGAGCAUUAUGCUUGUAUGGUUGAUAUUCUUGGUAGUGCUGGGAAAUUUGAUGAGGUUGAAAGCUUUAUUGUGACAAUGAAACUGACACCGUAUGCCAUUAUUUGGGAGACUGUUCUUGGAGCUUGUAAGAAGUAUGGAAAUGUGGAUUUUGGUGAAACUGCUGCAGGAAAGCUUUUUGAGCUUGAACCUGAGAUGGAUUCGACUUAUAUAUUGCUGUCAAAUAUCUAUGCAAAUAAAGGUAGAUGGGAUGAUGUUAGAAAAGUGAGGACUUUAAUGUCCAGCCAGGGUAUUAAAAAGGAGCCUGGUUGUAGCUGGGUUGAAGUUGAUGGACAAGUCCACACUUUUGUCUCUCAUGAUGGUUCGCAUCCAAGAAUCAAGGAAAUCCAUCUGAAAUUGGAGGAACUAGGUCAAAAGCUGACUUCAGUUGGUUAUAUACCAGAAACUGAGAAUGUUCUUCACAAUAUCACUGAGCAAGAAAAAGAGGAACAUCUCCAAUAUCAUAGUGAAAGGUUGGCUCUUGCGUAUGCCCUUCUAAGCACCGAUCCUGUAAAAACUAUUCGUAUUUUCAAAAAUCUUCGCAUAUGUGGGGACUGCCAUGAUGUUAUGAAGCUCAUCUCAGAUGUCACGAAUAGAGAGAUAUUUGUUCGUGACAUCAAGCGGUUUCAUCAUUUUAAGAACGGCACUUGCUCCUGUCAGGACUUCUGGUGAUGUUGGUAUUUGAAGCUCCAUAGUCCAGAUAGCAGGUUCAGCUAUAGUGACUUCUAAAUGUUGUUCUCGUAAUGAACUAUGAACAACAGGAGGUUCAUGAGAGCGCUGAAGUUUCAGAUAUAGUUAAAGCAUACAUAAAAAGGGAAAUGCAACUUUCUUUUUAUUUCUUGCAGGACUGAGCAACAGACCUGACAUAACUGAAGGGUUAAAGGUGCUGCACACUUUUUUGUUGGGGAUGAAAUCCUCGACACUGAGGCGCUUGACGUGACUUCAGAGUUGGAUGGGAGAUACAGUGCCUUAAUAGAGGUCCAGGUUUGUGAUCGGGUGGUGACAGAGCAGCGGCCACUUCAGUAGGGGUACGGCUGGUGCAGGCUGUCUUGCUUAAGAACAACCUGGGUUUGAAGCUAGGACCACCCAUGUAACUGAAUAUGGACAAAAGAUUAUGUUUCAGCAUUCAUCCCCUCCAAUGAAGAUUUCAAUGGGUUGCAACUCUUCUAAGAGAGUCUGAUUGCCAUCUUCCAAAUUUUGAAGCAUUUCUUAAAAUGCCGGAAAGAGAGAUGCAUAGAUCACAUAAGAAUAGGAAUAAGAGUUUUGAGGCGAAGAAUGGUUGUAAAUUACUCAAUUAAGCAAAGAAAAAGAACAGCGCUAAUAAAAGGGUCUCCCCCAUGUUUUGUGCUAAUUUUGGAGCAGAUAAUUCAAUUGCUCUUCCACUUUGUAAAAGAAACAAAUCUUGUGGUAAAUGGUAUUGGAAGUGAUUUGACAAUU